AUGGAGAAUAUUUCGAUAGAAGCAUCUUUUGCAAGAGCAAAUAAGUCAUGGUUAAAAACUGCUAAAGAUCCAGAGUCAAGAUGUUAUUGGUUAAUUAACCGUUAUGGAAAAGCACAUUCAUUGUUUUUCGCAGUAUAUUUUGGACCAAGUUUCAUUAGUGUUGACUUGGUAGAUUGUGCAUUGAAAAACGAUGCGAUAUUAUCGCGAUAUUUUCUUCAAGUACUUAUGAAAUGCUAUGGGGAACCCGACGAAAGAUUAAUCGAGCUUAGGUCUAAUUAUAGCAAUAGUAAUAAUUUAGAGAGACACUUUGAAAAGUUGUGGGGCUCAGAUUUACCAUCAGAUGUCUAUGAAAAAUUAUUAGCAGAAGGAAAACGUAGAUGGAAUGGAGAAUUUUAUUUAAAGGGAUCUGCUCAGAUGACUGAUGCAUUUGAAAGUGAAGAGACAUUGAGAAUAGUGUCUAGGGCAAUUAUUACUCACCCAGAAUUAGUUGAAAUUUGGAAAGGAAUUGGUUAUGAGUCAAUUUGUUAUGAUUACAGUGAUUUGGUUUUCCAAAUCUUGUAUACAGAACAUCCUAUGUUAGAAACAAUUCUUGCAAAAUCACAACAUUUCAUCAAUCUAGGAUUCAAGUUAACAAAACCAGCAAUGGUUGAUAUAAUUUGCUCCUUUAAAGACAGAUUGAACAUAAUUGGUGAAAUAAUCAUAAAAUCUUUUCAAAAAAUUAGAAAUAAAAAUAAAUCCACCAUUUUAGAAGAAUGUUUGUUUGAAAUCAUUGGAGGUGGAGGGAACUUGGAGCAAACCACCUGUGUUCUAGAUUUUUUAUUUCAACAAAUUGAAGGAAGUCCAGAAAAUAUUUUUCUAAAAAUUUUAAAACAUUAUGGAAUUGGAGAAACCAGUGUUGCAAAUGUUAAUGUUGAUGAUGAAAACUUGGAAGACUUGAAACUUUUUUCAUUUGAUUUGUGUAUUUAUCAAUGGAUUUUGAAAAAUUUCAAGCCUUAUCCAACUAUUAUAUCAAAAUGCUUUGUUGAAAUUUCAUUAACUAAAAGUUAUGUUGAUUCUUUGGUUUUAGCAGGCAAUGCUGCCAGUUCCUCCUCUACUUCAAAAUUACCACAUUCAAUUUAUACUUCAUUUAUAAAAACAUACUCUUCGCUUUAUAUGCUUUAUAUGCUUUUAUUUGAAUUAUUAUUCAUUCUAUUCUGA